AUGGCCGCCUCUUGUGCCACGACGGCCGCCCUCAACUGCAAUGGCACCCUCAUCGCUAUCGUCCAGUGCAUUGCGUCGUCAUGCGACGUCCCGCUCCUCGCCUUGCAUGCACUGCUCUCGCGACCUGCCCAGUUCCUGCACGCGUGGCCGAAACCAAGCUUCGACGGGCUCGUCGACAACCAAGAGGCUCUGGUUCGCACCGCCUUGCACGUCUACGAAGCCGUUGACGUCCACGAUGUUCAUGGGUUUGGCCCCAACUUUGCGACGUGUGCAUCUACGGCGCCCUUUGGCACUUUCGUUUCGAAGUGGGCCCCCAAGAUUACGUCGAUGGAUUUGUCGAUCAGCACCGAGCGCUUGGACGAGACGAUCUGCGACGCGCUGCGUCAGUGUACGCGUCUCCGCGAGGUCUGGCUCGGUGCCUCGCCCAUGACGACGUCGCUGUUUCAAGCGGUCACGACCCCCGCGCAUCACGUCCGCAAGUUGCACAUUCAUACGUUUCGAGACUACCCACUCGAUUGGACACCUCUGGUGACGUCGUGGCUUGCUACCGGGCACGCGAACUUCCUCAGUCUGUCUGGAAUCACUCCACCAAACGACCAACUCGCACGCGCGAUCGUGUCGCUGCGCGGCCUCGAGGUGUACAGCUUGGACGCCUUUGUGCAGCAGCUCUUUGCACUCGAUGUGUCACUGCGCCACCUCACGUCCGUCGGUCUCCAUACCGACGUGCCAGCUCACAUUGCCAAGCUGCUCCAACUCGUCGACAUACCUCGCCUGGAGUCGCUCAUGCUCUCAUGCCCCAUGCCUCUAGAUCCGCUGGUGCAGUAUUUGCAUGCUGCGCCGCGUCUGGAAGAGCUCGACUUGCGUCGGUGCACACUGACAAUAACAAACGAGCCCGUCGAAGAAGGGACGUGGCCGCGCCUUCGCAUCGCUCGUUUUGGCGACGUCAACUUUGGUCCCGACGCUUUUCAAAGCGUCUUGACCCACCUCUCGACCUCGGACCGCCUCGAGCACGUGUCAUUUAUCAACUGCCGCAUCGUGGGCAGCCAAAUGGAAGCGAUGAGUGCCGAGCUCGCCAUCUGGAUCGAAAAGGGGCUUCGGCCCUUGACGCUGCGCGACAACUUCCUCGACGAAGCGAGCGUCGCGCUCAUCGCCAGCGCACUUAACAACGCCGACAACUCGGCACCGCUGACGCUGGAGCUGACCGAGAACUACUCUACCAUCAGCAGCGUCUGGGACUUCUCGCAGCCCUCAAGAAUUGUGCCAAUGUGGCUGUGCUCAUGAACGUGGACGACGAGAUUUUGGAGCGCAGCGCGGACACGAUUGCCAAGGUGGCCGCCACAUAUGACAUCACGGCGAUUCUCAAGGAGGCAAACUCGAGUUGUACAGUCCGUUUACGAUCGAAUGAAUCGACGAUGGUUUGCAUUUGGCGCUUGUUGUAGGUUAGCAUGAUCGGGCAACACGAAACCACAUUUGCAUGACUA